AAACAAUCAUAGACAAAAAUCAAAUAACACUUUGCACCCGCACACAACACAUUGCUCUCUCUCUCUCUCUCUUUCUCUCUCUCUCUCUCUUUCGUUGAAUCAAUUCGAAACCCGUAACAAACCAUAUAUGUCGACGAUGGUGACUAACUCCUCAUUACCGGAGCGACACAUCGCGGUGCUUGCGUUCCCAUUCGCGUCCCACGCCGGCCUAACCCUUGGGCUAAUCCGCCGUCUAGCGACGGCUUCCGUGGACGUGACUUUCUCUUUUUAUAGCACUGCAAAGUCUAUUCAGUAUUUGCUCUCAUCCUCACCAAUCCCGGACAACAUAAAACCUUGCCACGUGUUGGAUGAGUAUGUGUUCUCCGAGAAUAUGGGGGACAUUGAGUUAUUCUUAAAGGUGGGGAAGGAGUGCUUUAAACGAGCCAUGAAGGCGACGGAGGAGGAGACGGGGCGGAGGAUUAGUUGCGUGAUGGCGGAUGCGUUUGUGUGGUUUUCCGGCGACAUGGCAGAGGAGAUGCGGGUUCCGUGGGUCCCACUUUGGACUUCAGGGGCAUGCUCCUUGUCAACUCAUUGCUACACUGACCUUAUCAGGGAGACUGUUGGAAUCCAUGGCAUUGCAGGACGCGAAAACGAAAUCCUGAAAUUCGUCCCAGGAUUUCCAGAGCUGCGACUUGGUGACUUGCCUAGUGGGAUCCUAUUUGGGAACUUAGAAUCAGCCUUCUCAAUCAUGCUACAUAAAAUGGGACAAACAUUGCCCAAAGCAACAGCUGUUCUAAUAAACUCAUUCGAGGAAUUAGACCCAGAAAUCAACAAAAAUCUCAACUCCAAAUUUCUCAAAUUCCUCAAUGUUGGCCCUUUCAACCUCACAUCACCACCACGAUUAUCCAAUUCAGACGACUACGGCUGCAUAUCGUGGCUGGACAAGCGAAAACCCACCUCUGUGGCAUACAUUGGCUUUGGAACAGUGGCAAAACCGACACCUGAUGAGUUGGUGGCACUAGCCGAAGCACUAGAAGCUAGCACUACUCCAUUUCUGUGGUCGAUGGAAGACAAAUUGAAAGAGCAAUUACCAGAAGGAUUCUUGACACGAACAAGUGAGCAAGGAAAAAUCGUGGCAUGGGCACCUCAGGUACAAAUUUUGGCACAUAUCUCAACCGGGGUUUUCAUAACUCAUUGUGGGUGGAACUCGGUGUUGGAGAGCAUUGCAGCUGGUGUGCCAAUGAUCGGUAGGCCAUUCUUUGGGGAUCACCAUAUCAACACAUGGAUGGUGGAAAAUGUAUGGAAAAUUGGUGUGAGAGUUGAGGGUGGAGUCUUCACAAAAAUUGGGACAAUGCAUGCCCUUGAACUAGUUUUGUCGCACGAAAGAGGGAGGAAACUAAAGGAGCAAAUUGGACAUUUCAAAGAGCUGGCUCUCAAGGCUGUUGGACCAAAAGGGAGCUCAUCUCAAAAUUUCUGUACUUUGUUAGAGGUGGUAACAAGUCUCAAUCUUUGAAAAUGAGUGAAGGACUAUUUUGAAACAAUAUAUCUAUCUAUCUAUCUAUCUAUCUAUCUAUAUAUAAGUGUUGCUUUGCUGCUUGUGACUUGUCAUUUUUUUUCCCAUGUUGCCCUUAGCUUGUUUUGAAAUUAUUAUUUUUCCUUUUAGUUUUGUUGAUGAAACAAUUUGGAUAGUAGUCUUUUGAAAAUUAUGUAAUAAAUUUUGGUUGCUUUUGUUGAGAA